AUGUGGAAAAGCUAUUUUGAGUUCAAAGUAGCGCAAUUUUUCGUGGAAAUCCUCAAGAGAUCAAAAGCUACAAAGAGCUUUGAUAUAAAUGCUCAAUGCUUUCUUCAUGCUCAUCAUCUUGAAAUAUUUUAUUUCUUGGACGAGACCACAUUGCGUCUUUUAUUGCCUUUCAUCCACAUCAUUCACGCAGGAUUUUAUGUCCAAUAA